UCCUUGGUAUUCAAAAAGUUUAUGGACAAAAUGCAAGUAACUUCUAUCUGGAGAAACACGAAUGGCAAGCAUCUAUUAAUAUUUCCUCAGGGAAUUUUGCCGACAAUGGAUCAGUAAUAGUUGGGUGUGUGUACAAGGAUCUACAUGAUUUAAUCCAAAAAGGUCAUGAUAAAACAAGGCAUGUGGUAACUAGGAUUAUGAUGGCUGCUAUGGAUCCCAAACAAGAAAAGUUACAAGAAAAUGUAAUCUUGAAGUUCAGGAACCUGAAGAAUUACCCAAGUGAGAAGCAUUGCAUGUUCUGGAGUGGCCUCAACAAUAGUCAAGAUGGAUUUUCGAAAGAUGGAUGUCAUAUAGUUGCAUCCCAAAGCAACUCAGAAGAAACAGUCUGCAGCUGCAAUCAUUUGACUCAUUUUGCUGUCUUAGUUGACUACAGAAAUCACAGUGUGGUAUUACGUUUUUCAAUAUUUUUUUAAGCAUUGCUCGUAUGUUCAUUAAAUUGAUAAAGAUGUUAUUCCCUCUGUUUCUGAUUUGUUACACAGCUGUCCCAGAAGGACGAAGAUAUCCUGGAGAUUAUCACCUACCUAGGAUUAAGCCUUUCCAUCAUCGGAAUGAUUCUAACUAUAAUCAUGUAUUCCUUGUUCGCAGAUGUUCAUGAACCUAUCCCUCAAAUACGACUGAGUCUCGCGGCUUCGCUCGGUGCUGGUCAAAUAAGCUUUUUCGCUGGAAUGCACGCCAUGGAUAACCCAGCCAUUUGCAUCACAGCAGCAGUUCUUACACAGUACUUCCUGAUGACUGCUUUCUGCUGGAUGCUAGUGGAAGGAAUCUACUUUUACUUGUUUAUUGUGAAAGUUUACAACAUCAGCAAUAGGUUGAUAGUGUAUCACAUCAUGGCAUGGGGUUUACCCGUCAUUAUGGUCAUCACUUCUCUCAGCAUCGCAAUUGGAAAAGGAGGGAUUCAAAGCUACACCAGCACUAAAUAUUGUUGGUUGUCGUCAACUUAUGACUUGAUCUGGAUAUUUGUUGCAUUUCUGACGGCAACUGGAGUUCUCGGCAGUUUUAUACUCGCGCGUGUCACAAGGGAGUUGACCACAUUGCCGCAAACAGGAGUCGACAAGAUUCAGCGAGUCCGACUUGGCAUCAGAACAUGUGUUCUAAUGAUUCCCCUUCUUGGCAUCACGUGGUUGUUUGGUCUUCUCUCGCCUCUACACAAGGCUUUCACCUACAUCUUCACCAUUCUCAACUCUACUCAGGGUGUCCUGAUUUUCAUCCUGCACUGUAUGAGAAACAGUCAGAUAAGGGAGCGAUUGCGAGGCAAAAUUAAAAUAUUGAAGAUUGGUCUGAUUAGAGCUCGAAUGAAAGUUCGAAUGAACGCUGUUUCCCCAUCUCCAAACAACAGAAACUCAACCAAAAAGAAUGUAAAGAUGAAUCCAACUGAUGGUGGUGCAGUGUGGGCAACUAAGUUGCACCCAUUCAGCGAAUAUGAGUUGAAAUAGGAAUAUCAUUAACUAAUGGAUUCAAUAGGCGGCGGGUAAAAGCCGAUUGUUAUGUUCCAAGGUUUUUUUUAGCCACGAUAAUUCUCCAGUCGCAACUGAUCAGUUUCCAAUGUCCUUCUGCUUGGUUGGAUUGUUUUUGUAAAUUAGAAAAAAAAGUUAAUAAGUCUUCAUGAAGAGGUAGAGGCUGGUGACGUUUAUUUAUCAGAGUAAUUAAGUGAUCUGGCCUAUCACAGUCUUAAACUGAGGUAACUUAGAGGAUUAGGUCUGAGUGAAUAGAAUAGUUAACCACUCGGCAAUUCAACAUCGUUUAUUCAGGUAAAUAUGUGAAAGCUAGAUACUUUACUUGUAUAUGAAUCGUAGCCAGAUGCUAGAUUACCUUCAUUUUAGGAUAGACUUGUAAACAUUAUUAUACAGAACAAGACUCCGCCACGCUUUGAAAAUCUUUAGGUUAUU